AUGCCCAAUCCCGUUCAACAAAGGAUGGAAGACAUGAUUCCAGAGCUUGAUGCAUAUCACAAACAGGAUAUAUUUUCAGAGGACGAGAUUUUCCAAAUAGUCGAGAACCGUCAGAGAUUAGAGAAUCGGCUAAAUAGGCGCAUAUCUAAGCUUGAAGAUUAUCUUCGCUUAGCAAAGUACGAACUUGGCUUGGAACACACCCGUAGAUCUAGGAUGGCGGAAAAAAAGAUCCAAUCCCCUUAUUUACGACCAACGCCCCCAACAAAAAGAAAAAGGAAAAACAUCAGUUGCGAUUAUGCCAUAACACGUCGCAUCCAUUCAAUUUUCCGCGCAGCAUUACGGAAGCAUUAUGGGGAUAUUUCGCUGUGGCUUACCUAUUUUGACGUUGCCACCUUUCUUGGUUCGAAGAAAGUUGUGUCCCAAAUAUACGGAACUGCACUUCAGAAGCAUCCUACUCAAGUCGGCUUUUGGAUAAUGGCGGCCUCCUUCGAAGCAAACGAAUGUCACACUCCAAUGAGUGCACGGGUUAUUUUCCAAAGAGGAAUUCGUGUAAAUCCCGACUCCCUGGCGCUUUGGCUCGAGUUUUUCAGAUUUGAGGCCAUUUUUGCUGUCUUGAGACGGCUAUCUGAAUCGACCACCAGCGGUGACGAAAAUCUCUCCAGUAUUGCUAAUGGGGCUCUUGCAUUGGCAGUCUUUGACAGUAAAAAGAGCGUUUCAAAACCUGCAUUUGUUCAAGCUUGCCUCGAGAUAUACAGGAAAAUAUUGUGCCAAUUUUCCGAUAUGUCCUUGCCUCUGUUAGAGGCUGCCUUUUCCGAACAGUCUAAGUAA